AUGUUUAAUCCUUUGCAAUUUCAGCGACGACGGCGGGCUUCCGAGGACGAUGAGAGCAGCGAGGACGAACGGCCUGGUCUGGGGAAGCCGAAUAGUAUCACCGACGAACAGCCUCUGACGGACGUGGACAAGCAGUAUGGUAUCGGUGCCUCGUUGCUGCGUCAGAUGGGUUACGUCGAGGGAAAAGGACUUGGAAAGGCCGAACAGGGAAUUGUGGCCCCCAUAGAGACCAAGAUGCGUCCGCGCGGACUGGGUAUUGGCGGGAUCGAUGAGAAAUCGUCGGACACAGACUCGUCUGACGACGAGCCGAUGUCAGAGGUGGCGUUUGAAAGCACUCUGCCGUCUCUUUACGCGCUGAUCGAGCAGUUUGAGCAGCUGGGCACUCCUGUGCCCUUGAAAAUCAAGGAAAUCUGCGACAAUGGCUCUGAAACGGUUGAUAUACGAGCGGCGUUGGCAGACAUGCUCAGACAGCUCAAGGACGUCCAGGCCAAGAUAGAUCUUGCCCAGCACGAGCUGGAGCAACAGCGAAGGAUAGAGACGGCCUCUAGAGAGCGCCGUUUGGCGCUGCAGCGAGUUUUGGACGGAAAGCAUGAGAUGAUCGAGGACGACGGUGACAGGGAAAUGGCAGCCAAGAUGCUGAUGGCCAAGCUGGAGCCCCAAGUCCGCGCGCUGAUGGACUCGUGGGAUCCUACCGAUCUUGAUUCAAACGUUCCAGACCGGCUGCUCGAUUACAAGGACGAAUACUCUCUGUUUGAGUCUGAUCACGACAAUGCCUACCAGGCUCUCGUCAGUCGGCUAUGGGAGAAGAAGGCUGGCGAUUUUUUUGCCACCAAAUGGUCUGUUUGGCAGCCAAAUCUUGGAAUUGCAUUGAUUGAGGAUUUUCAGGAACUUGUGUCUGAAGAGGCUGUUGCACGAGUGUACGAGAACGUACUGCUGCCAAAAUUCAGGGACGAAAUAGGCCACUGGAAAAUGGGAGAACCAGGGCCCGAAACAUGGCUGACAGACUGGCUGAACGUGAUGGAUGAACGGGUGGUUGACCAGGUGGUGGCAGACAUUUUCCAGAAAUACGCAGACUGGAUACUUGUUGGAUGGAACAUUGAGGAACAGCAGCUUCCGGCAAAGAGAGUUCAUCUGAGUCUGUGGCUUGAUCUGUACGGAGACGAGCAGACCAGACAAAAGAUGGAGUCCUCCGUGAUUAAGAGGUGUGUUCAGGAACUGAGGAAGAGCAAGCUCCAGAACGCCGAUGUUGUGCAAUUUGUCGCUCUUCUUCGUGCGAAUGGGGUUCGGUACGACAAGAUCGACUAUCUGCUUGAGAACGAGGCUGUUCUCUCGUGGACCGACAAGUUUUAUUCCCUUUCAGAUGCCAGAGACCAGUACCACUAUGUUUUCGACUCACUGGUGCGACUGUACGCACGGCUACUUUCUUGCUACCAUUUUCCGCGACUGCAAACAUACCUCGUUCUGGCGCUCGACCACCUCAACUUCAAAUACCAAACCUCCCUACAGCAGCUCCAGAUGACUGUCCCGCCGAUGCACCGCUUUAUCUCUCAGCGAGAGCCCUCAAUAUCCAAACUGGUGGAGGCUACCGAAAACCUCAGUCUCAAGCCGCAAAAAAAAAUUAACGUCACUCUCAAACAGCUGCUCGAUGAUUACUGUCAGGAGCACGACCUUUUCGUCCUGCCCGAGUCGACUCUGAUGGCAGGAAAGGCCAUGUAUCGCGUCACCCGAAACAUGAAGAGCGGUCUUCUGAUCUAUCUGGACGACGACGUCGUAUGGGCCAAGACCGGAACAGACUUCGAGCCCGUCGCAUUCAACGAGUUGGAACAUUAUGUACAUUAA